ACCUUCUCAUUUCUGACAUCCUUCAGUUCUGCUGCAUGAUCGUUUGGGUGGCACCAAAUAUUCGUGGACAGAUAUCUGACAUCUUCUUAUAUAUUCACUUCUCUGCUCUGUUUGCCAGUAUUUGCUUCAUGGUCUGCAUCUCCCUGGAAAGGUAUUUGGUCAUCGCCCACCCACUGUGGUACCGCUUCAGACGAACCAUCAAGACCUCUGUGGUGGUCAGUGUCCUGGUCUGGGUCCUGCCACUUCUCUUUUUGUUCAUUUGUUGGCUUUAUGGUGUGAAUCUACACACACUCUUCACUGUCCUCCUCGUCCUCCUCCUCCUUCCCUUCCCUCUGUUAAUAUUCUCCCUGGUUGGGACCCUCAAAGCCCUGUCUGCUUCCAUCUCGGUCCCCUCUGAUGAAAAACGACGAAUUGUGGGAAUUUUGGUUCUGGUGCUGCUUAUUUACACUCUGCUGUUCCUGCCCACGAUCAUUUUGUUAUUGGGAGGAUAUCACAGGACCCUAGAACUCCUGUAUCUCAUCUUCAUCAGGUUGAAUCCUCUUGCAGACUUGUUCCUGUAUGUGUUCAUGAGGAAAGGGUUCAUAGACAAGCUUUUGGCCUCUGUGUGUUGCUGCAGAAUGGACAGCAAUGAUAUCAGCAGUCCAUCAGUAUGAAUGAUGACAACAUUUCCACAGUCAGCUUCAUGUAUGCAGAGAAAGAGGGA